AUGCGUCGUUAUUUCAGGACCACUCCUCUACAUAUAGCCGCUGAGAAGGGUUACGACCGAAUUGUUGAAAGACUUCUGCAGAAGGAAAUAUAUCCAGAGAAGAAAAACGAAGAGGGCGAGACAGCCCUCGAUUUGGCUAUUUCCAACGGACACGAGUUAGCGUCCGUCGCACGCGCUCUUGUUAACUCGGAUGAUUACUGGGAGUUUAUAAUGGCACCUACAGAUACAAAGCAGAUGUCUCGCCACACCGAAGCAAGGACUACACCGAUGAGAAAGCUGAUUGACAAGUUUCCAAAGGUCGCAAAACUGGUCUUCGAAAAAUGCCAAACAAAGUAUCAAGAGCUCGAUUCAUCACUGAAGUGGAAAGAAUACAACUUCAUAUACAUCGACGACACAUACAUGAUGCCUUCGAGAGAUGGAACAGAACUUACUGCCGAGACCUAUCCGUACGAUGAAAAUGGGAAAGUGAAAAAAGAAGCGAAAGCCUACUCAGAUGACUACGAUGUUGUCUACAAAAACCAUCCCCUAAAGAUGAUGGUAAGACAGAGGGAAUUAUCGUAA